AUGGAGAGGGAAAACGGGAAAGGGGCAGGCAAAAUAAACACUUCCCCAGAGGCGGGAGGACCUUCCGAGCAGGGUUUUGCGCCUAUCUUUCAGAACCUGAACUACCCGGAGCAGAAGGUGGUGACGGUGGGCCAGUUCAAGAUCGGCCUGAUCCACGGCCACCAGGUGAUCCCGUGGGGGGACAUGGCCAGCCUGGCGCUGCUGCAGAGGCAGCUGGACGUGGACAUCCUCAUCUCGGGACACACGCACAAGUUUGAGGCCUUUGAGAACGAGAACAAGUUCUACAUCAAUCCCGGGUCCGCCACCGGAGCCUACAGCGCGCUAGAAAGCAAUAUAAUCCCGUCAUUCGUGCUUAUGGACAUCCAGGCGUCCACGGUGGUGACGUAUGUCUACCAGCUGAUCGGAGACGACGUCAAGGUGGAAAGAAUCGAGUACAAAAAGUCUUAAGAAGCAGGACCAGAUGUUCCAUUCCUUUCCGCUAGGGGGCAGUGUCAGCCCUGUAAUAUAUUGUUCAUAUUUUUUUUUUCACCCCUCACUUGUGUUGGGAGUUUAGUCAUUGUACUGAAUACAAACAUUUCUUUCACGUGCUAAUUUAGCUUCCUUCUCCAUUUCUUUCUUUCCACGUCGGACAAAAUAAAGGACUUCACUCUA